GUCUCUUUUUGGGAGCAUCGAUUAGUGAGUGAAAUUUCGAAAGGUUUGUUUUUCGUGCCCCAAAGAUUUUUUUUAGGAAAAUUUACUUGUAAAAGUGCCGUGAGGAUGAAGAGACUGAGGGAGGACUCACUGGAUGACCUCGUGAAGUACGUGACACUGCACACAGCCAACCCGCUAAUCUUCAAUGGUGCAAUAUUUCCCUUCCUGAUCCUCUACUGUGUCUGGUUCUACUUCUCCGUGUGUGUCUACGGGAUUGUGGAGCACUAUGAAGCCGGUCUUCUGUCGCUGGCCAUCAUUGGGUGUGUCCAGACACUUUGCUGCUUGUGCUGCUUCUGGAGUGUUCACGUGAACUCCGCACUGAACUUCCGAAAGACAAAACUGCCCAGUCAUGGGGUCUAUGCGAAGGUAGUGCCGAUGCCCAACAAUGGCUCUGCCGAGCUGACACUAAUUCAGAGCACACGGUUUGGGGAUGGACAGGAAACGGUGUAUUGGUUCAUGUUCCAGAAGAUCAAGUACAUCUGGGAUGCGGAGAAAGCCCAAUUCCGUGGCAUUGACUUCCCCAUACACAAAACCUACCGGCAGUACAUUGAAGCAAAGGGGCAUGAGGAUGAGAAUGAAGUGAGCCUGGCUGAGAAGACGUACGGGAAGAAUCUGAUGGAGAUGGUUGUCCCGGAAUUCUAUCAGCUCUUCAUUGAGCGCGCCACGGCACCCUUCUUCGUCUUCCAGAUCUUCUCAGUGGGGCUGUGGUGCUUGGAUGAGUACUGGUACUACUCCCUCUUCACCCUGUGCAUGCUCAUCAUCUUCGAGUGUACGCUAGUGCAGCAGCAACUGCGCAAUAUGGCAGAGAUCCGGAAGAUGGGCAACAAGCCUCAUCUAAUAAAUGUCUUUCGGAAUCGCAAGUGGCGUCCACUUAUGUCCGAUCAACUCGUUCCGGGUGAUCUUGUUUCCAUUGCUCGCUCCCAAAAUGAUAAUCUCGUUCCAUGCGACGUUGUCCUCCUCAGGGGCUCAUGCAUUGUGGAUGAGAGCAUGCUGACGGGAGAAUCUGUGCCACAGAUGAAGGAGAGCCUCGAAAACACGGACGAUCUCUCCCGGGAACUCGAUCCGGAAAGCGAUGGGAAGCUCUUUGUCCUGUUUGGCGGGACAAAAGUGGUUCAGCACACUCCUCCGUCAAGGGGAGCAAUGCGUGCCCCAGACAGUGGAUGCAUUGGCUACGUCCUCCGGAAUGGCUUCAAUACGAGCCAAGGGAAACUCCUCCGAACCAUUUUGUUUGGCGUGAAGCGAGUCACGGAGAAUAAUCUCGAGACUUUUGCUUUCAUCCUCUUCCUCCUGGUGUUUGCCGUUGCAGCGGCAUUGUAUGUCUGGAUCAAGGGGACGGAGGACCUUGAGAGGAAUCGCUACAAACUCUUCCUCGAAUGUACCCUCAUCCUCACCUCAAUCAUUCCACCUGAUUUGCCCAUUGAGCUCUCACUGGCUGUCAACACAUCCCUCCUGCAGCUGUCGAAGCUCUUUGUCUACUGCACUGAGCCCUUCCGGAUUCCCUUUGCUGGAAAGGUGCAAAUUUGCUGCUUUGACAAAACAGGAACACUCACGAGCGAUAAUCUCAUGGUUGAAGGUAUUGCAGGACUCAAUAAGGACAAGAGUAUCACGGCAAUUGCACAAAUCCCCGAAACCACUGUCCAGGUGCUGGCAACAUGUCAUUCUCUGGCACAACUGGAUGAUGGACUUGUGGGGGAUCCCCUUGAGAAAGCCACCCUGACAGCGGUGGAUUGGAAUCUCACAAAGCAGGACAGUGUGGUGCCCAAGAAGGGCAAGUUUAAACCCCUCAAAAUCUACCAACGAUUCCACUUUUCAUCCAGCCUCAAAAGAAUGUCCGUCCUGGCUGGUUACACCAUUCCCUGGUCCAGCGAUAUUUGCUACAUUGGCGCUGUAAAGGGAGCCCCUGAGACCCUCAUCAAGAUGCUCAAGGAAGUUCCGGAGCAUUAUGAGGAAACCUAUCUAGAAUAUUCCCGUCGAGGUGCUCGAGUUCUCGCUCUGGGUAUCAAGGAAUUCGGCAAACUUGAAAAUCAACAAAUGCGCGAAAUAAAGCGCGAGGAUGUGGAAAAGGAUUUAACCUUUGUUGGUUUUGUGGUCAUCUCAUGCCCCCUGAAGCCAGACUCCAAGAGCAUCAUCAAGGAAAUCAUUCAGGCCUCCCAUAAGGUUGUCAUGAUCACCGGUGAUAACCCCUUGACUGCAUGUCACGUGGCAAAAGAGUUGAAAUUCACGCGAAGACCCGUCCUGAUUCUAACCCAGAAAUCCCAUUGGACGUGGCAAUCAAUUUCGGGUGAUAUCAAUCUUCCCGUUGAGCAGGAUGUUGCCUCAUUUGUCCAACAAUACGAUCUCUGCAUCACAGGCGAAGGGCUCUUGCAUCUCGCUGAGGAAAAUAAUUCCUUCCUGCGAAAGGUCUUGCCCUACGUUUCAGUCUACGCGCGUUUCUCGCCGAAACAGAAGGAGUUCAUCAUCACAACACUCAAGAACCUCGGCUACUGCACUCUGAUGUGUGGCGACGGGACAAACGAUGUGGGGGCGCUAAAGCAUGCCAAUGUGGGUGUUUCAAUCCUGAGCAAUGCCCCCCUGAAAGCGCCUGAGCCGAAAAAGCAGGAACGCCAGGAAGUUGAACCUGCCCAGAGGAAUGCAACACCAGCACCGCGGGAACGUCCAAAUCUCACUGCCAGGGAAAGAGCUCUCCGGCAUAGGGAACAGUUAAUGUCAACGCAGGAGCGCCUGCAGAAGGAACUGAAGGAACUUGAAGAGGUGCAAGUUGUGAAGCUCGGAGAUGCCAGUAUUGCAGCUCCAUUCACCAGCAAACUCUCAUCAAUCAUGUGUGUGUGCCACAUCAUAAAACAAGGACGGUGUACGCUCGUCACGACACUGCAAAUGUUCAAGAUUCUCGCCUUGAACGCCCUCAUUUCUGCCUACUCCCAAUCCGUAUUGUACGUCGAUGGGAUCAAGCUGAGUGAUACCCAGGCUACACUCCAGGGUCUUCUCCUUGCAGCUUGCUUCCUUUUCAUAACGCGCUCUAAACCCCUCAAGGUGCUAUCGAAGCAGAUGCCAUUGCCCAAUAUUUUCAACAUCUACACCCUCAGCACAAUCCUGUUGCAGUUCUCCGUGCACUUUGUUGCUCUGAUCUACUUGGUGCAGGAAGCUACGGCACGGAGUCCACCGCGUGAGGGGAAGAUUGUGCUAAAUGUUGAUUUGGAUCCGAAUGAGAAGCGUGAGUUUGAGCCAACACUGAUAAACAGUACGGUCUACAUGAUUUCAAUGGCUCUUCAAGUUUCCACGUUUGCAGUCAACUACAAGGGACAUCCAUUCAUGGAAAGUCUGAGGGAGAAUCGUUUGCUUCUAUACUCAAUCCUGAUCUCCAGUUCUAUUGUGAUCUGUCUUGCGCUCAAUAUUUCGCCAGAUCUAACGUCGACUUUUGAAAUUGUCGAAUUUCCCGAUGAUUUCCGGAAGAUCUUGAUUUUCGUUCUGGUGACUGAUGCAUGCCUGGCAUUCCUGGGCGAUAGACUUUGUUCAUUCCUCUUUGGGGAAAUGAGGCAGAAAUUUCAUCUGGUUAACUAUUAAGAAAUGCAAUCAACACUAGUUCCAGAUUUAUUAGUGAGAAAUAGGCGUGCAAAGGCACGUCAUUAGCUGAGAUAUUUGGCGAAUUGGUUUAGCCGGAAUCAGCAAAAGUUUUGAAAUGAAAUCAAAUUGAAAAGAAAAAUUAAAAAAAAAAGUCGCUCAAAUAUUUCAGUUAAGAAAAGAAAGGAAAAAAAUAAGAUAUAGAUGGUUAAAAGGAAGCGUGGAUGUGAAUUUUAUUUGUGAGUGAAAACGCGUGUGAAGAGGAAAAUAAUUUUAAUAAAAAAAUAUCCUUUUAAUUUAACAAAUUGUAGGUAGAAAUGAAUUUUAGUAAAGGAACCUUUAUCGCGUAGCCGUUGAAAAGCGUAGACAAAUUUGAAUUUAUCAUUAAAGAUUUUAUUUCUGAAAGAAUCCCUAAAAAAGUCCAAUUAGUCUUCUCUUGAAUUGAAUUAAAAAAUAAAUAAAUAAAUUUCCUCUUCUAAAAUUUUAAAUUUAUGAAACUUUUUAAAAGGCAUUCUACAUUCACGGACCAAAAGUGAUCCAGUUGAUAUUUAUAUAUAAAAAAAAUAUUCUCUUACUUGAAGUCUGAACCACAAAUCUAUUCAUUCUUGUGUACCUAAAAUUGUCAGCAGAUCAGUCUUAAUUUUCAUUGCGUAACGUGAGUUUUUGAAACGAAAAUACAUGGUAUUUACAAUCAUAAAAA